AUGAAAGAUGGAAGUUUUCAAGAUAAUGAAUUUAAAGAGCCAUUUGUUUGGGAUUUUGAAAAGAUUUGGAAUGGUCAUCUUUAUUUUAAUGGUUUAAAGAAUAUUUUAAUGGAAUUUUGGAAAGAUAAACCAACAUAUAUUGUGUAUACCCAGUGUAUUGGAAAUACUCAAGUAUUUUUAAAUGAUGUUAAAUCAAAAUAUGAUAUCCCACCCAAUAUUCAUAUUGUUGCCUUAGGAGAUUCUUUAGAAACAGACUUAACAAGACAAGUGCAAUUAUGUAGAUGGUUGAGUGUGGAGUUUGAAAAUGCCUCAACAGAUACUACAAUUGAAGCCAUUCAAUCUCCAACAAUAGCAACAAAACUACAAAUUUCUAAUAAUCCUGCAUUCCACCAAGAGUUCCAAAAAAAAUUAACAGAAAUAUCACAAAGAUCCAACCAUGCUUUUGAAUUAAAUAAUAAUCAAAUAAAAUCAAUUAUAUAUUAA